CUGGCUCAGUGGACACGUUUACUUUGUUUGUUUACACUCUUUAAAGUGACCCUUCUUAUCCCAAGCCAUGAGACUUUUCCCUGUUGGAGGCUGCAGCACGUACGCGCUCUUCUUGCCUCUCGUUCUGGCUCAUCGAGAGUACCUGCCAAGCUGGAGCGCGAACUUUUAUCGACCCCAUGGACUCCAUGAGGUGGAAGUCAAGAGCGUCGGCUUGGUGAAUGUUGAGACUGUCUUCUUUGCCACAGACUCCGGUAUCUCAACACUCCACGAUGGGCUCUUGACUCCAGUAGUGGAGCUUCGUGAUGCUGAACUGACUUCCUUCCAUCUUUGCCAUCAUCGAAGCAGCAUUUUCUACGAGACGCUCUCGAGGGAUGGUGGUGUGCUGACCAUCUAUGAAUACAACUUGGCUCUUAAGGAGUCCGUUAAGGUGACCAGCUUCCAAGAAACUGUGCCUGCCAAAGCUUUGGCGUGUAUAGACCAUCUUCUCUUGCGAUCAUCGCGAGCAAAUCUGGUGGCCAUUAGCCUCGCAACGCACGGCGCACCGAGGAGCAUGCUGCAAAAAUUCAAGGAGGAUGAGUAUUUGGCUUCGUUGGCAGUGGCUUUCCCGGCCGACUCUGUUCAACACGCCGAAAUCUUUGGUGUGGUGCCAAGGAACCGCUCAGUGGUGAAGUUGAGGUUGAAUCAGGACAGUGUCAACCUCCGCCUCAGUGAAGUUGAGGAACUGCUGACGGCAGGUGAUGGGACCGAUGGCCCCAUAGAGCACGCAUCUGUUCUGGAGCCACUUCAUGUAGCAUGGCUUCAUGGAAAGCUCUUGGUGGUAGACAAGUGUUCUUUGCGACAGGUCUCUGGAGAACCGAUGGUCGUGAAGACUUUGCUGGGCCGAAGCGAUUUGGAGUGUUCAGUGAACGAGACGCUGGCCCCUGCGCCAUGGGCAUCCAAGAUUUCAGCCGCAAGAGGUGUGGCUACUGAAUCUGAAGGCACAGCUGGGCAGACAGCUUUGCUGCUGACGGGACAGCAAGUGAUUCAAGUCACCCAGGAUGACACAUGUGCUGAAAUCUCGCGGGAAACCUGCGUGAAGGCUGGAUGUGGCUGGGCUGAGGGUGAUCGUACCAGCCAACGCCAUUGCUUUCCCUGCAAGCGAUUGCAGAGCUGGGCAGACGCGCAGAGGCCAGCGCUUGACCCUUGUGUGCUGGAAGCUGGCACCCAACCUGGCCCUACUCGUUAUGACCUCGAAGCCUGUGGGUGUGUGCCACCACCAGCUCCGACGAAAGCGCCCAAGUCGCAGGGAGCUCCCUUGUUGAUCUUGCUGCGGCUGGUUGCCUUCUUUGGUGCCAUCGGGGCAGGACUUACUUAUUGCUACCGGGGCUACCGACAGCGGCAACGGCAACAACUCGAAGCUGAGAUGUAUAUGCCCGCACCACACGUGCAGUUUCACACCUUCAACGACAGUGGCUAUGUGCGAUAUGAUGAGUCCGAGCCCUUCUCGUAGCAAGGCCCCACCAAACGAUGAAACAACAGUAGAUAUUUUGGACACUCAACAAGCACGCUAUUUCAUCCAUUUUCCCAUAAUUGGGGGGCCUUUUGUACAUAGCUGCCAAGAACCCACUUGGCCAACCCAUUUGGGCCUCAAAUUCAGUGGGGCAUUCAAUGUGAGGAAUUCUUGACAGUUCAAUGAAGACAAACACCCUGCUUUCUUGAAAACCACAUCUUUCAGAAUGCUGUAGCCUUUGAGUAUUCUUUUAGCUGUUGCAGCUGGAAAGAGUGUGUGAAGUGCCUG